CACGGAAGUCCGACUGGAACGUGUCAAUGGGUUGAGUGAACGGAGAGAGGAAUUGUGUUUAUUUAGGAUUAAUUCUCAGAUUUUUCGCUUCUUUUAAAGUUUGGAGGCCCAGCUCUGAUGAUGGUGAAGGUGUUUCGGAGUCCGGCUCGUCACGGCUACGCUGUGGAAGGAUCUCCCUUCAUCCCCAGCAGAGCGGCCUGCGCUACCUCCCAGUACUACGGGAUAACAGGUUGUGGUUCUCUGCUGGUCCUGGAUGAGACGGAGACGGGGGUUUCUCUGGUGGGAAGCUGGGAGUGGGGUGACGGCCUCUUCGAUGUGUCCUGGAGUGAAACCAACGAACACGUCCUGGUGGCCGGCGGAGGGGACGGGAGCCUGCAGCUGUGGGACACGACCAAUCAGAGAGCUCCGCUGAGGGUGGCCAGAGAACACACACAGGAAGUGUACGCCGUCGACUGGAGUCAAACCAGAGGAGAGAACCUCAUCGUCUCUGGAUCCUGGGAUCACACGACUAAAGUGUGGGACCCGACCCUCAGCGCCUCCCUGACCACACUCAGAGGCCACGAAGGCGUCGUCUACAGCACCAUAUGGUCGCCCCACAUCCCAGCAUGCUUUGCUUCGGCCUCAGGUGAUGGGACGCUCAGAGUUUGGGAUGUCAAGGGCGGAGCUUGCCGAUUGGCCGUCCCAGCACACAAGGCUGAGAUCCUCAGCUGUGAUUGGUGCAAAUAUGACCAGAACAUCGUGGCCACUGCCUCAGUCGACUGCACGGUGUGUAUCUGGGACCUGAGGAACGUUCGACAACCUGUCAACCAACUGCUGGGACACAACUACGCCAUCCGCAGAGUCAAGUUCUCUCCGUUCAGUAAGAUGGUGUUGGCGUCCUGUUCGUAUGACUUCACCGUCAGGUUCUGGGAUUACGGUAGAUGUGAUCGGCCUCUUCUAGACACAGUGGAACAUCAUUCAGAGUUCGUCUGUGGAUUAGACUUCAAUCUACACAUCCCCAACCAGGUGUUGGACUGUUCCUGGGAUGAGACGGUGAAGAUCUACACACCUGCCUGCCUCUCCGCUGAAACUCCUUAAAUCUACUACUGCUACUACUACUACUACUGCUACUUCUGCCUCUCUGAGGAUGCUGGACUUCAUGAAGCAUAGUGUUACAUCAGGAGGAGCUCUGAGUCUGAGUCUGUACUUGGAUUGGCUGAUGGCUGCUGAUUGGCCCAUUCAGAUCCACGCUGGAAGCUUUCACUUUGACCACGACCUGCCUCAGCUCCAACGCUAACUUUGACCAUCACCUCGUCAUAAAUCUAGUCUUGAACUUGAGACUAAAUCUUGGAGUGGUUUGGUAGCCAGAUGAUUACGGCCCCGAUUCAUUGGUUCAUAGUUGAUGCUUCAGAUUGAGGAGGAUGAGAUGAGGCUAACAUUAGCUUGUUGAGGCUAAUGUAGUUCAGCUCAUAUUGUUUGACUCCGUGUCCAUUCUGUCAGUACUGUCCAGCACUUUUGGAAAAUAAAUUUAGUCCAUGUUGAAAGUU